CGUUGACAGAUCAUUUGCCAGAAAAUGACGGCAGGACGACCUCGGCGCGUACCCGACGGCCUCCUCCAGCCCGGCCUCCUCGAGGCGAUGGCGUCCUGGAUCCAGAAGCCAGUGGAUUUUGAGACGUUCCUCGAUGCAACUCCGCCGUCGCUCUGGUCGCCGGCGAUGGCGGCGUGGCGAGUGCUGCAAGCCAACGAUCACAUGCAGCUCCGAUGGCCCUCGAUCACGUUGAACGUGGAAGAGCUUUCGACCGACGAGCGGCGCGCGCUGAGCCAAGUCAUGUCGCUCCAGCCCUCCAUGUGCCUCGCGGACGCUGUCUCUGACGUGAGCGAGCUGGCUGCGCUCGUGCCCUACAUUGGCUCGACGAUCCAAGUCCUCGCGGUUUGCAUCGACGUGCGCAAGCUACAUCCUGGCGACGGUCGAGCGCUUGUCGACCUCGUACGCCGCUGCUCGUCCCUCCAGGAAUUGGCCCUGCACAUGGAAGGACAAGUGGCAGGCGACGAACCCGAACUGGACGCAUUUUUUCACGCUAUGGUCCACCCGACAGUGCGCGAGCUCAACUUGAGCCUUCGAAACUCGCCGCCGCCGGCGUGCCUAGGUCAUCUCGUGGCGCAGUGGCUGCGGCUAGGACGCGCCAGAACGCUCCAACUCUCACAUAUCACGGCCAUGCCCGCGCUCGUCGCGGAAGCGCUCUGCGACGCCCUACAAGCCAGUACGACGCUGCAAACACUCGAGCUUGAAGCCGUCGAAGGGCUUGACGGCUUCCGAGGCCGCCGACUGCCCUUGAGUCUUCGUCACUUGCUUUGGGACGACGAGCACUUUAGCGAAGACGCACCCGAGGAAGACGAUGCGCCGAGCGAUGCGGCACUCGACCACCUCGCCCAAGCGCUCCAGCAUACGCGUGUCCAACGCCUAAGCUACCAGUUCGUUGGCGAGCUCGCGUCGCGGCCUUUGGUAUGGCCAAUGCUCGCACAACUGACGACGCUGCAGCUCUCGGUCGAAGGGAUGGACACGGACCGAUGGUCGGCGUUGCUUUCGGGUCUGGCCCACCUACGUUCGUUGCGGCAUCUGUCGCUCACCCCCAACUACUUGGGCGCGCGACGGCUCCGAGGACUCCUCACAGCGUUGACGCAGUGUCCGUGCCUCGAAUCGCUCAACAUUCGCACCAACCUCUUGGACGGUGCGGCCAUGACUGCGCUUUUGGUCGCGGUACCACAGCUUAUGUCCCUACGCGAGCUCGAUGCCUCGCACGGCGUCGGCGCGUGGUCGUUGAUGCACAUGGACAACGUUGUACAUCACCUCGUGGCUGCUGGCCGCCAGCUGCACUCGCUUGUGCUCUCACCGGCUCGCGAGAGCAACAUUGACAGACAGAAUAAGCAGCGCGUGUUGUCUGCGCUGGAGCGGGCGGAGGACCAGCCAUUCUACAUGCUCGAGCCGAAUGCACGGCCCGCGUUUGAGCUCUUGCGCUCCGAAGACAAAGCGACGCGCUGCCACUUGAUGUUGUGAGUGUCGCCGAAUGUAAGCAGGUGAAUUGAAUACUAUCACUGGUGCACAUGACGUAAUGUCUGCCA